CUUAUCCAUUCGACUCCAGCAAAAAUCGUCAUUGUUGCAGAGAAUCACACUCUAAUGGCGAUUCCAGUGUCCAUGGCAAUGGCGACGACACCUACAGACUCCGUGAGCAGAGUUUGGAGCAUGUCUUCUCUCAAAUCAGCUCUUCCGUCUCCUUCAUCAUUCCGGCUACCUUCUUCGUCUUCUCGCCGUCCGGUCACCCUCCGCCUCCCCAUCUCUUCUCCCUCACUCCCGUCCUUCUCCGGCCUCUCUCCGGUCAACCCUCUUCUCUCAAUUGGACUUCCUGAUUGGCAGAGCUUUGAGAAUGGAUUCAAAAUUGUCGACGGUGGUGGUCGUGUCUACGCUAUGAGACACGGACGACGUGUUCCAAAGCUGAAUAGACCACCGGACCAGCGCAAAGCUCUUCUGAGAGGACUCACGACUCAGCUUCUUAAGCAUGGGAGAAUCAAGACGACUCGAGCAAGAGCGAGUGCGAUGAGGAAGUUCGUGGACAAGAUGAUUACAUUGGCUAAAGACGGUUCGUUGCAUAAGAGAAGACAAGCUCUGGGUUUUAUCUACGAGAAGCAGAUCGUUCAUGCUCUGUUUGCUGAGGUUCCUGAUAGAUACGGUGAGAGGAAUGGAGGAUACACAAGGAUCAUCAGAACUCUUCCAAGGAGAGGUGAUAAUGCUCCAAUGGCUUACAUUGAGCUUGUCUAAGGUCUUAUACCUCUCUUUCUUUUAUUGUUCGACUUUUGCUCUGUAAUAUCAUUAAAACACUUGUUGAUGCAGAUAUGAGAUCUUUUUGUUUUCUUGUUUUGUGAGAUUCAAUUGGUAAAAAUGUUUUCUUUGGAGUUGAGACAAUGAGCUAAUAGAUGAAUGCUUUUGUU